UGGUCUCAGAAAAAUGGCGUCGGUCUCGGAAUUGUACGAUGUUACUUGGGAAGAAAUGCGUGACAAACUUAGGCAGUGGAGAGAAGAGAAUUACAGAAACAGCGAGCAAAUCGUGGAUGUUGGUGAAGAAUUGAUAUGUGAGCAUGCUUCAAAACUUGGAGAUGACAUUUGGAUUAUUUAUGAGCAGGUGAUGAUAGCGGCGUUGGACUGCAGUCGGGAUGACUUGGCCUCGAGUUGUCUACAGGAACUGAAGAGGCAGUUUCCAGAUAGCCACAGAGUGAAGCGGUUAGCGGGCAUGCGGUUUGAGGCUGUGGAAAGGUACGAGGAUGCCAAUAAGCUGUAUGAUUCAAUACUACAAGAGGAUCCGACCAAUACGGCAGCAAGGAAGCGCAAGAUCUCCAUUCUGAGAGCACAAGGGAAGAGCAGCGAGGCCAUCCGCGAUCUCAAUGAGUAUCUGGAGCAGUUUGUCGGAGACCAGGAGGCGUGGCACGAACUGUCAGAACUCUACAUCAACGAACACGACUAUGCAAAAGCAGCUUUUUGCCUGGAAGAACUGAUGAUGACCAACCCACACAACCACCUGUACUGUGAACAGUACGCAGAGGUGAAGUACACCCAGGGGGGGCUGGAAAAUCUGGAACUAGCCAGGAAGUAUUUUGCCCAGGCGCUGAAGCUGAACAACAGAAACAUGAGGGCCCUGUUUGGCCUGUACAUGUCUGCCAGCCACAUCGCUGCCAGCCCCAAAGUCAGCGGCAAGGUGAAGAAAGACAAUGUGAAGUAUGCCGCUUGGGCCGCCAAUCAAAUAAACCGGGCCUAUCAGCUUGCUGGUCGUGGGAAGAAGGAGAACAAAUGUUCAGUAAAAGCUGUGGAAGAGAUGUUGGAGUCCAUGCAGAUCACCAUGUAAUAAUCCACCCCCAGUUCCUCUGUCACAACAGCAUGGCAGCUCCAGCUCCCCCUGAGGACUGAAUCCACCCUCCCUCUACAAACCGGACCACGGCCUGGAUGUUUCCCUGAUCACACGCCCUUUUCCUUUCAUUUCACCUACGCGUACAUACUGCAGCUGAGAUCAGGGACUAGAAUGUGAAUAGACUGUAAAUGAUAUUUAAAAGCAAGUGCAAAACGAUUCAUUUGUGGCUUCUGGGUCAAAAUAAUAUGAAGUUUUUAUUGUGACUGGUUUCUGUCUCGGUCUGUCUUAAUAAAGGACUGCAUUCUU